CACUUCCUGUUGUGUUUUUCUGCUUUUUCUCAAACCAGGAAGAUGGAUUUCCCGUCGAUAAAAUGGACUAUUAAUUUACUAGUUUGUUGUCUUUUUGUGGGUGUUGGCUGUAAUUCAGUGGAUAAGAAGAUUUACGUGCAUCUCAAUUACACCGUCCCGUGUGUCCGACUGCUCAAUGCAUCUCAUCAGAUAGGCUGCCAGUCCUCUAUGUCAGGCGAUGUGGGCGUGCUCCAUGUACUCGAGUCCGAAGAAAACCUGGACUGGGUCCUGAACACUGGUCCCAAUCCUCCUUAUACAGUUAUACUGGAGUCUCAUCUGUUCACCAGAUCCAUCAUGAUGAAGCUGAAGAACGGCGCCAGAAGGGUGUCGGGCGUCGCUGUCGUGGCGCUGAAAGCAAACCCAGCCGGGCCCUUCUCUCCACACACCACCUGUCCCAACGAGAACACAGGCGUGUACACAGAGAAGUACGACCCAGCCAUGGCUCACUGUAACGUGACAAUGUGGAACCCCGAGGGGAACGGCCUGUCCUACGAGGAGUUCGACUUCCCCAUCUUCUCCUUGAAAGACGACAACGACACUCAGGUCAUACGGCAGUGUUACUUUGACCAUAACCGCUUUAACGGCAGCGGUCCGCAGUACCCGCUGUGCGCCAUGCAGCUCUACUCCCACAUGUCCGCCGUCACCGACACGGCCACCUGCAUGAGGAGGAACGACAUCAACUUCAGCAUCAGCCCAGAGAUGGUGUGUGACCCGCUGGGCGACUACAACGUUUGGGCCGCCACCAAACCUCUCAACAACACAGCCAAGGGACACAAGAUGGGGGAGAGUGUGGUCAUAGCAGCGGCAAGGUUGGACAGCAGGUCUUUUUUCUUUGAAAUCGCUCCCGGAGCAGAUAGCGGAGCCUCAGGGUUCAUCACCCUGCUGGCGGCCGCUCACGCUCUGCGUAACGCCACCCAGAAUGCCCAGCCCAACCGCACCAUCCUCUACACCUUCUUCCAAGGGGAAACCUUUGACUACAUCGGCAGCUCGAGGAUGGUUUAUGAUAUGGACAACAAACAUUUUGCUGUGGAUCUGGACAACGUUCACUCAGUACUGGAGAUCGGACAGGUGGGGCUCCGUGCCGACUCCAAACUGUGGCUCCACUCUGAUCCCGUGUCGAGGAGGAACAGCAGCGUCAAUGAAGAGGUGAGGAAGCUCAUCGACAACCUGCAAUCGUCCGCCACAGGUUUAGACUUCACCGUUCAGGAGCCCAACGCCUCUCAGCCGCUCCCGCCCUCGUCCUUCCAGCGUUUCCUGCGAGCUCGGCCGAUCCCCGGUGUCGUUAUCGAGGAUCACCAGUCGUCUUUCAGCAAUAGGUUCUAUGAGAGCAUGUAUGAUAACGCAGAAUACCUGAAAGUAACUUAUCCACCAAAUAUGACGCCAGAGGAGCAGCUGGAGUUUGUCACCGACACAGCAAAGGCUCUGACCGAGGUCGCCACCAUGGUCGCUCGAGCUCUGUACAAGCAGGCGGGAGGAGCGGAGGAGCAGCUGCCCAACAUUAACGCAGACCCCCAAAUAGUGACCCAGAUGCUGUACGGUUUCCUCGUUCGUUCAAAUAACUCCUGGUUCCAGCAAUUGAUUCCCUCAGACUUCAUAAGUCAUCUGAAGGACAGCCCGACAAACUUCUACAUCGGCGUUCAUCAGCAGUCCAGCGAACCAACGCUUCUGGUCCAACACCUGCUAGCUAAUCUGACCGGCAGCACGAUGAACAUCACCCAGGAAAACUGCCAGAACCAGAGAGAGGACGAGAAUGACAAAGAGAGCAAACAUUUGUACUCCUACAUGUGGGUCCAAGGCGCCGCUCCCACCAACAGCACGAAGAGGGAGGGCUACUGCGUUCGCUCCACCGUCCGCCUCUCCAAAGCUCUGUCCCCGGCCUUCGACCCGCUGCGAGAUUUCACCUCCAAAGACUACUCGACGUGGACAGAGUCCAGGUGGAAGACCAUCAAAGGACGCAUUUUCCUGGUGGCCAGCCACGAACUGGAGAUGCUGACAUUGGGCGUGGGUUUCGGCGUGUUGCUAACAUCUCUGCUGCUGACGUACUUCGUCAGCUCGAAGGCCGACAUACUCUUCAGCUCGGGCAGGGAGCCCACCAACGCCACGUACUGAUCCAGACGCACCCUCAGAGGAGACGCAGGCCCACGACCACUACUACUUCUAUUACUACUACUACUACUUCUAUCCCAAGCAGACAUGGACCAGGUUUUUUUUUUUUUCUUUUUUCUUUUUUCUUUUUUUUUUAAACACACACAUCACAAGUAGGUACACAGACAGGUUAGUCAACGAAGCAAAAAAAAAGAAGCAGAAGGGCGUUAUUUUAAUUUUAUUUUUUUUAGACGACAACUCCAUGUUUAUGGACUCACUCAGGUGAGGCAUGACAUGACUGGACCGGACUGGAUUGGCCUGGAUGGAUCUGGACUCAUCAGGGUCAGAAAACACUGGUCAGGCACCAGCGGGCCCUGAGAGUGGAAAAGAUGUUUAUAUUUCUUUGGUUUUAGUGGGUUUUUUUGUUUGUUUUUUUGUUGUUGUUUUUUUUUUCUUUUUAUUGUCAGAGAAUGUUUUGUUUACUGUGUCGGGGGAUAGGCACUAAAACAUUGACCAUUAUUAUUUUGACUGCGUGAAUGUGAACGUGUGCAAAUGUCAAACGAGUGAGUGAGCGAACGAUUGUGUGAUUAAAGUAUGUACGAACAAUUAUGAGUGUGUGUGUGUGUGUGAACUUUGUAUGAGGAUUGCAAUGGUAUGUGCAAUACUGUAGCUGUCUUCUCUGUCGUAGUUAAUUUAUCAAUCAGUUCUAAUGAUAAGAAACCACUUUCUGAGUCAAUGAACAAGUAGUCAAAUUUUAAAUUAAGCAAAAUCUGGUAAUGUAUGAAGAAGAAGAAGCAUUAAGUUGUAGCUCCUGAGAAGGUAAAAUCUAGAAAAUUAUCAAAAAUACAUACAUUGUUCAGUCCCAGCACACGUUAUAACUACACACGUAUGUAGUUUUAGACACAUUUCAGUGUCAGAGUCGGCUGUGGCUGAAAGACUUCAUUUCAUAUCGAUCAGCUGCCAAAAAUCUUCAAAAUCCAGUCGGAAAAUCUUUUGUUUUUCUGUUUUAGAGUAAAAAAAGAAACUGGAGUUUUGACACUGACAAUGCGCUGGUACUCUGGCUGUGCACUCUUUUUUUUUUCUCAAGUUCGUACCUUUUCACGAGGUUUCUUUGAAUGACGUUGUCUGAAAGUUGAUGCAACACGCGAGAGCGGGUUUUAAUUAUGAUGGAUGUUCAUUUGAUGGCUGGAAUCAAUGACCAAUUGUGAUGCCUUUGAUGAAGAAAUAAACAUUGCUUUUCCAGUUUUUCUUUCA